AUCCAAUUUCAAUAUCCUUAUUAUUAUUACAAGAAGAGAAGUUAUCAUGAACGCCGUUUUUAUGAGAAGCAAGAGCUCUGUGCACACUUACCUAACUGUACGGCUUUAGGUGGAAUCCUUCAAGACAGAUGUAUAAGGCAAUGCAUAUCUCCCAGUUGCUAUGGCAGUUUAUAUGCAUGGGAUGAGCUCGAAGAAGGAGAAAUUGAUAUCAGACUGUCAUCAUUCAAAGGUUGCUUUGUUCAGGAAGCAAAUUAA